CAAAAACCCCAAAUUUCACAUCAUCAAAUUGCCAGAACAUCAAACCCUUCACCAUUUUCCCACCUCGCGUAUUCUGAUGACAGUCCAAAAAUUUCUGCAGUGUAUUGCCCACUCGUUCCCUUACUCUUGAAUUGAUUAAAAAUCGUCAAAAACACAGAACUGCUGGGGCGUGUUGUCAAUGUGAAGGAGCAUUAAGUUUCAAUGAAUAAUCAAAAUAUCAACAACAACAACCCGAGGAGGGGAAAUUUCGGCUUGGUCAAUCCAUCUGCAAUGCAAAUUGCCAUGCAAAUGCCAAUGCAGAUACAAAUGCCUGCAAACCACAACCAACAGCACGUGCCCCAUCUGUUAUCUCAGUCGCAACCUCAAGGCAGACCCUUCUUUCCCGGACACUUUCAACCCUCAGAGCCUCAAGCCCAGGCAUUUGUCCAUGACCCGUCACAAGCCAUGGCCCAAGCCCAAGCACAGGUUAACACUAAUAUCGGCAUCUCAUCCCCUCUCAUGCCCACACCUGGGCCUGGAUCUGGAAAGCGCCUUCCCAAAGCAGCUUCUCGGCCUUCUGGGGGUUCAUCUGGUCAAGGAAAUCCUUCCCCCAUGAAAACCAUGGAAUUGACCCCUGCUGUGCGUAGAGGGAAACGGAAACUUCCGGAUGAAGCGAUUCCAGAGAAAGUCUCGGCAAUAUUACCAGAAUCUGCCCUUUACACUCAGUUGCUUGAAUUCGAGUCAUGGGUGGAUGCUGCCCUUGCGAGGAAGAAGAUGGACAUUAUCGAAUCACUUAAAAAUCCUCUGCGUGCCCAGAAGGUUCUGCGGAUUUACAUUUUCAACACCUAUGCUAAUCAAACGGGGACAAAUGUGGAGAAGGAAAGUGUCGAGCCACCUUCGUGGUCUCUCAGGAUAAUCGGGAGGAUAUUGGAAGAUGGCAGAGAUCCUGCGCUUCAAGGACUAGCGUCGAGCACUUCGUACCCGAAGUUUUCGUCUUUCUUUAAGAAAAUCACUGUGUACUUGGAUCAGAGUUUAUAUACGGAUAAUCACGUAAUUUUGUGGGAGAGUUCUCGAUCGCCUGUGCUUCAUGAAGGGUUUGAGGUGAAGAGGAAAGGGGAUAAGGAGUUCACUGCAAUUGUUCGACUGGAGAUGAAUUAUGCCCCUGAAAAAUUUAAGCUUUCGCCUGCAUUGCAAGAAGUUCUUGGGAUUGAGGUGGAGACGCGCUCACGGAUUAUGACGGCUUUUUGGCACUACAUUAAGAUGAGGAAGUUACAAAUACCCGGUGAAACUUCCUCUUUCAUGUGUGAUCCACCAUUGAGGAAGAUUUUUGGGGAGGAGAAGUUGAAAUUCUCCAUGGUUCCGCAGAAGAUAACUCCCCAUCUUUCUCCUCCUGGACACAUACAUUUAGAGCACAGGAUCAAGCUUUCUGGGGGUAGUCCUGUUGGAAACACUUGUUAUGACGUGUUGGUUGAUGUCCCUCUUGUAUUGGAGAAGGAAAUGUCAACUUUCCUGACAAACUUAGAGAAGAACAAAGAGAUUGACUCUUGUGAUGAAGCUAUAUCCUCUGCUGUGAAGAAAAUACAUGAACAUCUUCGCAGGCGAUCGUUUUUUCUUGGUUUCAGUCAGUCACCUGCGGAGUUCAUUAAUACCUUAAUUGCUUCUCAAGCCAGAGAUUUGAAACUUGCUGCUGCUGAUGCCACUCGUGAUAUGGAGAAAGAGCGCCGAGCAGAAUUCUACAAUCAACCUUGGGCUGAAGAUGCUGUCAUCCGGUAUCUAAAUCGAAAACCUGCUGUUGGUAGUGAAGUUGCUGGAAACAAAUAGUUACAUAAUAUUUGUCUGGUGGGGAGGUACUUUUCUCGGACUAAAUGUAGUUUUUGUACUAAGUAGUAGUACUAUGAGGCAACAGAAACUUUGUUGUUCAUAUGCUUAUCGGUUGUAGGAUUCAAUCUAUUCAUAGGCUUCUCAGUUAGGAUAAGCAGAUUCAUGCACAUAUGUGGGUUUGAUUAUGACAACUUGGUUUUCAUGCCUUCCUGGAAGUAUUAUGGAAAAUAUGACACUUUUGGUUAGCAAUCAUCCUACUUUCUGGUUUUUAUGUUUGUAUUUAUGUCCUUUAAGUGUCUCGUAUUCUCAAAGCUCAAUGGUGGUAUUUUGAUUGUGAUCUGCAUCAUCUUUAGCCAUAUGCUUCUUCAUG